AUGACCAACCUUGCGGCAAGCUAUGGGCCCGACACUUUUAAAUCGGAGGGCAAUAACGAGGGUGGUAGGGGCGGCGAAGGACAUGGGGGAGGCCUUGUUCGCGCUGGACGGAACGGCGCGACUGUCUCUCGACCCGUGAAGAUCUCUAGCGGUCCCAUUGCCGCGGCAAACAAAAUCAGAGCAGCCGUGCUACCGCAGAACAAUCAUGUCGCAGACUCAGCGCCAAAGCUGAAUUCUGCUGGUGCAAAUGCCAGCCCCAGUGCAAAAACCACCUUGCAGCAGGAUGCCGUGAGCUGGGGAGCACCGCUGCCUCAACCUUCGAGACGGUCCAAUGUGCUUGAAGCCCCGGUCGCUUUUGCCCGGCAGAUCCGGGCCUCAAACAACUCAUCCAAGAUCUCGACUUCCCGAUCCGCUCCCAAACUCAAAUUUAUAGGAGCAAAUCCCGCAACCAUCAAAUCACAGCAGAACGAAAAGACCAGCGGUGCCGGGAUGCCUCGACCUCUUUCAGUCUUUCGAUUUCCUGUCAAUUUCCGCCAACAACGUCGAAGCGGCCAUCCUGCCAAGUUCCGAGGCGGCUGA